GGGACUUUGUGCAAGCGACGAACUGCGAGGAGAUAUUCGAGCGCGGUGCAGGGGCGGAGGUGGCGGCGGGAAAUGAGUUGGGUACCGAUUGGCGACGACCGGAUUACGUCUUGGACGCCAUCGAUAAGGAGGGAGAUAAGGCUGCGAUCACGGCGUAUUGCGUGUACUCCAGGAUUCCGGUUUGCGUCACCGGCGGCGCGGGUGGUGUCGACGCUUUGCGUGACGUUCGAGCAGAGGAUCUCGUCGACGCGACGUUCAAUCGUUUGUUGAGCGCGAUGCGAAAGACGUUGCGUAAAAAAUAUUCGUUUCCACGCGAGGUUGGUUCCGGGAGCGGCGGAACCUUUCCAGGCAAAGAGAAGACUGGUAAGCGCAAGGGACGAUGGGGUGUGACAUCCGUGUACACUGCUGAGAACGAAAACGAAUUCAAAACCGCGGGAACACGUGGACGCGGUGGAAUUGGUUGCGAGGGCGUCGGUGGCUCCGCCGUGUUCGUCACUGGUGCGAUUGGCUUCAAGGCGGCUAGUGAAAUUGUCCUCAAUUUGGUCAAGACGGAUAAAUCAACGCACGAGGGACCGGCGACGACUGGAUGGCGCUCGCGCGUGUGGGCGUGUCAAGGUGUACAUAAUUACGCCGGACACUCGCAGAACCCCGACGCGUCGACGUCUCUAAAUACGGGUGCUGAGAAUAGCAAAGGAGGGAGCGCUGAUCGAAAAGAAGUUCGCGACGCCGAUCGGCGGGACGGCGGAAACGACGACGAGAACACAGACGACCGGAAUCGUGAGCUUCGUCCGUCUUCGACUAACAUGGCCGAAGCUCUCGCACUGAGUGCGUCCGAGAUUUUCGAUGCGCAUUGCCACUGGCAUCUUGGCGGUGAACAUUCCGUUGUGCGCUCAUUGUGCUCGCGACUCGCCGGCGCGGGAAUGAUGACCACCCGACCGAGCGAUUGGGACGCCGCGCUCGCGAUUCGAAGCGGCAACGAUAAUUUAACGAUAAAUGUACCGAUCGCCUACGGUGUUCACCCAUGGUGGGCGUACUUGGAGAAGAAUGGCAAAGAUGCUUGGAUGGAGGAUUUGCGCCGCGCGCUCGAGUCAACUCCGAACUCGGUUGUGGGCGAGAUUGGAUUGGACAAAGUCGCCGUCCCGCCCGACGCUGAGCCGGAUUACGACAAUCAACUCGAUUGCUUCAAACGUCAACUCGCUCUCGCGACUGAUCUGCGCCGUCCAGUAGUGGUUCACAGCGUAAAGGCGACACGCGACAUGACUGACGCUUUUCGGCUUGCCAGCGAGCUUCCACCGCGAAUAUUCAUGCACUCCUUCGGUGGAUCCGAGGACUUUUUGAAGCAGCUGAUCAAGAUGAAGAAGUUUGGCGAUCGAUUCUAUUUUGGUUUCAGCUCCGUUAUAAAUCUACGAUCACCGAAGACGCGGAGCGUGAUCGAGGCUGUUCCAGACGAGAGGCUGCUUCUCGAGAGUGAUUUAUGCGACCCCACGCACGCGGAAGACGAGCUGCGCAUCAUGUUAGCCAUUAUAGCGGACAUCAAGGGAUGGACUGUCAAAGAAGCCGCGCGACGGACUAGGGAGAACGCGGCACGUUUUUUUGCGACAGAGCCAUGA